AUAAACUUAAAGAAAACCAGAUUCUUCUAACACACCCGUUUUGUUUGCUUUUCUCUAGCUUUGUGGGCCUUCGAAUAUGUUUCUUCGUAUAUUUCCGUAAGGCCGACAUUUUGAUAUACAUAUGUACAGUUGUGAAUGAUAAACUUGGCCAUUGCAAAUAAAAAUAAAAAAGAUUUGUGCCAUAUGAUUUCCACAAACUUUUAUAAUAUCUAUAUGAAGCUAGAAUGAAAAGCAACGCUAUGCUGCCAAACUCAUCUGAACAGGAAUAUUCCGAAUUUCUAAGAGAAUAUUUACUGCAAAAUAGUUCACAAAAUAACGAACCCGAAGUUUCUUACGAAGAUGGGGAAAUGGAAGCAGAAUGGUUGGUUUCCGCCGGAUAUCCAGAAUUAACAAAACCUUUUGAAAAAGGUUUGGAGAUUCGAUAUACUGAGCUGGAGCCAAUACUUACGACUUUAUCAAAACCUUAUGCUGAAGCUAUUGUUCAAAGGGUAAAGGCUUUAAAUCAAACAAUUCAGGGACGCUCGAAAACUCGACCAAAACGGAAGCCUGAUAUUAGAGAUGUAUUUCGGGAUUUUGAUUGUUUACCCAAAAAACUGUGCAAUAGAAUCGAGUGAAAAGAAGGAAUGUUUAAAGCUAAAUUCAAAAUCUGAUCAUCAACGGGACUUUUUAUGAUGUCAGCAGUCAAUUGGCUUUUCCAUCCUGCGUCUAUCUCAUUUCCCUUUGAGGCAUAUCCGGCAGGCUUCCUUCUAUAAAUUUCUAAAAGCAUCCAUUCUAUCCUCCGGCUUUUAAUUUUUGUUAAAUUACCGAUAUAUCUCAAUGUUGCUGUGAAUAAAAGUCCAAUCUCUAGUUUAACUUAUGCCUGGCCACACUGAUUCUCUUGUGAAUUUUUUCAUAGAAACUAUCGAUGGGAAAACUAACUAAACUAAACUAAUCUCUAGUUUAACUUAUGCCUGGUCAAACUGAAUCUCUUCUGAAUUUCUUCAUAGAGCUGGAAAACUAUCGAUGGUGACGCAAUUUGAU